AUGGCGUCCGACGAUGGCGCGGUCAAUGGACUGACUAUGGCGGACCGGGUUCAAAAGAUCCGCUCUCGUCUUUCUGCUCUCUUUGCCGGGAAUUCUUCCUCUAGCUCCUGCAGCAUAGAGAACUCGCAUAAACCUCCACACCAGUCUCCAGGAGAGAUGCGCAUGUUUGCCCCUGGGUCAGGUGGAAGCUUACGCGAUGAACGAAACAAUCCGUCGGGAAGAAGGUCUAUCUCGUCGACUGGCUCCGUGAUAGACAGAAACGCGUCGCCAAAUGGUAAUAUACCACCGUUUUCACCUCCUAAUACGGAAUCAAGCGGCAAUACCACGAGCUCUGGGUUCCUGCAGAGGGUCGAGAAUCAGAUUCAUAGAGGAGUCUUAUUAGUUAACUGGGUUCAACAUUCGGUCAAGGCUCACCCUCCACCAAAACGCAAGUCAGCUUGGAAUACCAUAAUACGGCGGAUGCUCUGCAUAGGACCGCGGGUAAAAGCCAGGUCAACCAGAAGGAAACUUAUAGACUGUGCAGUUUCUGGAAUUCUUUUAGCCAGUGUGCUAACUACAUAUCUUGUUCUCGCCGUCACUUCCUCGGGGAAGAAGUUUGAAUUCCAUGUCAUUCUAAUUAUUGUUCUGAUGGCCUGUACUAUAUAUUUCUGCCAUUCGCUCAUUCGAUUGCUAAUGAUGGCAAAACGGCGCCCGGUACGCCAGCAUCAGAUACAUCACGGUCAGCCUAUCCGUGACCCUGGUAUUGUUGAGGAUUUUACCAUCACUGGUCGACCCAUUCCCGUCAUAUUUGCGAGUGACCUGGAGAUGGGCCUUCAAACCGAGUUUGGGGGAAACGAAAACAAGCCCGGUCAAAUCUCUGUUCCCCCUCCGGCAUACGGUUUUUGGAGAGGCAGCGUGAAAAUGGACCCAAACCGACUUUACUGGCAACGUAUCGAUCCACGGAAGCCUAACCAUCGCCAUUCCCAGAGCUUAGAUGGGCUUCGACCGCCAACUACAAGCCGGCCCCCUAGCUACAUCUCGGACGACAGGGAACAAUACAUUGCCAACCCUCAACCCCAAUUACCUCCACAUGCCCAAGUACAGCCCCAACCAAGUGGUGCACAGAAUACCGAUUCGACUCAGCACCCAAACAAUACCCCGCCAUAA